AUGAAGUGGACUUUUAAGGAAGAACAUUCCCAAGGUACUAACGUCAAUAAUCCCAACGUUUUCUGCGGUUUUUUGUCCACUCGUUGAACCGAAUGUUUUUGCUUUUGCAGAGUCCCGAUGCCAUGAAUCUGCAAAAAUAAGGUCGAAGUAUCCAGACAGAAUUCCCGUAAGUACUGUAAAUUUUGGUCGAUUUUUAUGUUCGCACAAAGCUAUAUUACUUAUUUUCUUUUUGUAGGUUGUUGUGGAAAAAGCGCCCAAGUCCUCGAUCCAAGAUAUAGAUAAGAGAAAAUUCCUCGUCCCUUCCGAUCUGACAGGUAUUAAAAGCAGGAAAUAAAGUCGUUAUUAUGCGCGUAACUAAAAUUUGCUGUUGUGUGCUGUAUUUCCUGAAUUUUUAGCUGUUCAACUGAUUCGGUAAAAUGAAAUUCUAUGAGUCUUCACAUAGUUAGAGUACGUUCUAGUAUAAGUGGUAGGUAUUUUAUGAUUAAAUGUUUGUCGCUCUUUUACCGUCACUUCACAGUUGCACAGUUCAUGUACAUCAUCCGAAAGAGAAUUCAACUUCCUCCCGAAAAAGCGAUGUUUCUUUUUGUCAACAAGGUUCUUCCCACAACAAGGUUUGUUUCAAGGCCUUUUUACUUUUUUUUAGGAAAUGUUUUUAGCUUACAUUAGUCUAUAUUUGCAACACGUUUGUGUUGAAACUUAAUGUCUUGUGUGGUAGGCUCUUUCAUUUCGCAACGAACGGGUUAUCCUGUGAGAAGUUUGUUUACAGUGUCCGCUCGCUUGUCGACGUUGGAUAUUGGAGUGGCGGAUCUGUCGGAUCUCUCGCUCGUUGUCUAGUUUCAUUUAACCUUUUUGCUCAAAUUUUGCACAAGUUUAAAAGUUUAUAGAACAAUGACGCAAGUCAUGCGUCUGUUGAGUAUUAAAACUGUCUGGAAAGAGAAAUUGGCUUUAAGUUUUAUGCUCAAGUUUCCUUUCAGUUUUGCAAUUUCCAAAUGAUGGCGGGGUACAACGUGACUCGGGUAUAACUGGUAAAGCUACGAAAAAUAUUUGUCAAAAUUAAUACUAAAUAUCGUUAAUUGGGAAUGAAAGCGACAAGGGCUUGCCCUAAACAUAUUUAAGCUUAUAAUAUUCUAGCUAAGUUUGUUAUAGACAUUUAUGCCCAUGAAUGUCAAAAUGUCGUUUUGUCGUAACAUGCCUUGCCGGCCCGAAUUUCGUGACUUUUCUUUAACAAGAUUUUAUAAUAGACAUUGACUUUGUGGUCUCCUCGAACAGAGUAAAAGUAAAAUAAAGGGAGUGGUUUGUUUCGAGCGAAAUAUACACAAAAUUAACUGGUGACCUAUAUUUAAUUGGUUUUUAAAGCGCUGUUUCAAGCCGGCAUUGAAAUUGACAACACAUUUAUUCGUGACUUAAGACUUAUUGUUAACCCCUUGUGAGGUUCAUUGAAAAUGAAUUUGUCUCUCUUUAUGUUACUUUUUUUUCUUGCAUCACGUAAAGGAAAAGUUGUAAGAUGUUGAUGACAUUAUUGAUUUUGCCUUUAAAUGAGGGAGAAUUUUCAUUAUAAAUAAGGCUAGUUAACACUGAAUUGUUUGCUUCCUAUCGAGUACAAAUGGAUCUAUGGUUUAUCUUGCCAAUUCGUCAUACUAUUUAGGGACCUUUUAUCACUGACUUGGUAUUGUAAAAUUACUUCCAAAAUGUGUUGCCUAAUCUCACCUUUGACUUAUUACCCAACAGUUACAGCUAUUGCAUUCUAACCGUUCACUCACUUCGUUCAUGAAAGUCAAUAUACUCAUUAUAAUUUAAUUAUAAUGAGAAUAGUGACUUUUAUGAAAAAAGUAAAAUGAAGUACAAAAAAUUAAAUGGUACUGCAUUGCAGAAGACUCUAUUUCAGUGGCCACAUCAUGACCACUUGUGACUAAACUGAAAUUUUACACUGAUUUCAUGAAUCUAAGAGUUGAUUGAUUAAUUAUUAAUUUUUAAUAUUAUUAAUGUCCUUGCUCACAGACAUCCUGUUAAUUGCUAUUCUCCAUGUAUAUAAAACGUUCGUUAAAAGGCCACAUGGAAAUCACAAUUUGCAGUUUUUUGCACUGAGUCAUCCAUAAUAGUGGGGAAAUUUUGAGAUCAACCAUGCAUACCUAGACUGACAUCAUUAAAACACACAAGAGUUCAUGAGAAGUCAUGAGAGUUCUGAAAGUAAUGGCCAUGAUUAGUUUUGGAAAAGUCCAAGGUGGUUGCAACUUUCAAGGUUACAACACAUGAGUUAUAGACCAAUAAUUAUUUCAGAAUACAGUGGAACCCCACCUUACAACCACCUCAUUAUUAUGUCCAUAUUCUUUCAACCCAAACAUGAAAAUCACGGAGUCAUUUUAUUACUUGAAGACCCUGUUAGUAAUGUGAUGACCUCAUUAUUAUGACCAGGAAUUUAUGGCCCAAUAAUGGACACCUUGACGGAGGUUCACUGUAUUAUAAAAAUUUACAAAUGUAUUAUUCUUGAAUCCCUUAACCUGAAAGCUGUUUUCUUUUUUUUAUUCCCCUUAAGCAUUUAGUUUUAAUACAUUGAAAUUGGUCCUUUGGAAAACACAUUUUCCUGUUCCAAAUCAUUGUACAGCCCUGGUCAAAACAUCUUGGGACACUUGAGGAAAUUAGGCACAGAGAUGCUCUUUGCUUAAUUAAAUCAUAUUCUACCAAUGUUUUAAGAGCCUGUAUCUACUGUCCCCUCUCCCCCAGGCAGUGUUGAUAGGAUCUAGGGGAGGAGGACAAAGGGAAAAUGUAUCAUUUUGAUGAACUAUUGCAUUAGUGACCCAAGACUCAGUUUUGACCAGGGUGUAGAUAGAGCUCUCAUGAAUUGAAACAAUGCUUGUCAGAGUGAGCCUCUCUUUGUUUAUAUUAAGAAAUACAGUGUAAUAAUAACUGUAAAGCUUGUUUAAUGUUAUGGCACUGCAUUUGGUGGUACGCAUUGUGUUAGUUGGGUUAGAAAAAAGAAAGGUCCAAAAAUUGACGUUAAUUCCAGAUGGGGAGGGAGAGGAGGUGUGUCGGUUACUAAGAAGUUGUUACUUUCAAGGAACAAUGUCUAGUAUGUGAACUCUACAGAAUUUAGGCUUUCCUACCAUAUUCUUAACCUAUGUAAUCAUGUACUGGGGUUUUCCUCAGAAAUGAUAUGCCACUGAUAUGUGGCCUAAUUCUGCUCUGUUUAUUUCUUAGCUCAACGAUGGGUGCUAUCUAUGAGGAACAUAAAGACGAAGAUGGCUUCUUGUACAUUGCCUACAGUGGAGAGAACACCUUUGGAAUGUGA